CAGGGGGUCGAUUCUUCUACUAGGCCAAACCUUGAGGGGCAAGAUGUAGUUCGCCCGACCAGUUAAAAAAAAAAAAUUGGAAACCGAGACUCACUGCAAGGUUUCCAAAAGAAAAAGAAAUUCAUCAUCUCGAUCCAAAUGUUUUCUUGAAUCUUGGGCGAUCUGAUUCCGAACCCAGUUCGAAACAAAUGGGGGAUCAUCAGGGGUAUAUACCAUUGAACAUGAGGGCGUUUGAUUGGAAGACAGGGCAAAUGAUUAUGUUAACGCUGUUAGUGAUGAUGGGUACUUUCUACACUGGCUCCUUGUUUGGCCGGAGAAGCUCCGGUUCCGGCAUUGAUGUAAGCAUUAGCAAUGACCCACUUGAGCAGCACCUUUACUCUUCCAAUGUGUCAUCUUUAUCAUCUCCAGGAAGCCCAGAAUUUACAAAUAGAGUAACCCUUUCAUACCGUACUGAACCGCUUAACAUUCCAGAAACUGGGAUCAACGUUUGCCCAUUGACAUUCAAUGAACACAUUCCCUGCCAUAAUCCAACCUACAUUAAUGAGCUUUUGCCAAAAUUAGACUUGUCCAGAAAAGAGGAGCUGGAGAGGCAUUGUCCUCCCCCUAGCAGACGCUUUUUCUGUUUGGUUCCUCCUCCAGCCAAUUAUAAACUACCUAUAAGGUGGCCAAUCAGUAGGGACUAUGUUUGGCGAAGUAACGUGAAUCAUACCCACCUUGCUGAGGUUAAAGGAGGGCAAAACUGGGUCCAUCCAAAGGGCCAACUCUGGUGGUUUCCUGGUGGUGGUACUCACUUUAAGCACGGGGCUCCUGAGUACAUACAGAGGUUAGGGAAUAUGACGACUAAUGACACAGGAGACCUGCGUUCUGCAGGAGUAUACCAGGUACUGGAUAUUGGUUGUGGAGUGGCUAGCUUUUCUGCGUUUCUUCUGCCUUUAGAUAUACAAACAAUGUCCUUUGCUCCCAAAGAUGGUCAUGAGAAUCAGAUCCAGUUUGCGCUGGAACGCGGGAUUGGUGCAAUGAUAUCUGCUCUAUCUACAAAACAGCUACCAUAUCCAGCUAGCUCUUUUGAAAUGGUUCACUGUUCUAGAUGCCGCGUUGAUUUUCAUGAGAAUGAUGGUAUUCUGAUCAAAGAAGUUAAUCGGCUGUUAAGAUCAAAUGGAUAUUUUGUCUAUUCAGCUCCUCCAGCAUAUAGGAAGGAUAAAGAUUUUCCGCAGACUUGGGAUAAGUUGGUGAAUCUUACUUCUGCUAUGUGUUGGAAACUCAUUGCUAGGAAAGUACAGACGGCAAUCUGGAUGAAGCUCGAUGAUGAUUCAUGCCUCCAGCGAAAUGCAGAGAUGAACCUUGUGGAAAUCUGUGAUAAUGAUGAUACUCUUAAACCAUCCUGGAAUACACCCCUGAGGAACUGUGUACGCCUAAGUAAUGCAAUCAACUCUCAGAAACUCCCUCCCCGGCCACAGCGUCUAUCGGUGUAUUCUGAGAGUCUCAAAACUUUAGGUAUCAAUCAGCAAAUGUUAUUGCACGAUACUCUGUAUUGGCAAGACCAAGUCCGUCAUUAUUGGAGAUUGAUGAAUGUGGAAGAGAAGGAAGUGCGCAAUGUCAUGGACAUGAAUGCUUUUCUUGGUGGAUUUGCAGUUGCCUUGAAUACAUGGCCUGUUUGGGUUAUGAACAUAGUUCCUGUAAGCAUGAAAAACACCUUGCCUGCUAUCUAUCACCGUGGUCUGGUUGGAGCUUUCCAUGAUUGGUGUGAGCCAUUCUCAACAUAUCCACGGACUUAUGACCUAGUACAUGCUAGUCAUCUUUUGUCUCGCUAUAAUAGUCAUGGAGAAGGCUGCUUACUUGAGGAUGUCAUGUUGGAGAUGGAUCGCAUUGCACGGCCCCAGGUAACGUCAUUUAGUUUAUACACUUGACUUCCCCUAUUACAUCUGCAGACUUCUGAAUGACUUAAUAGAGAAGAUUUACCAACUCUCCAAACCAGAAUUCAUUGUUUGCAUUGCCAACAUAAAAACACUAGGCAUCACACCAUGGCUUGGAAUUAUGUUUGUGAUUUCUGGAUAAUCCAUUGUCCCACACAAUAAGCAUUUGCAAAGAUCUUUAUCCUUGUGGGUGCUGUCCUUCUGACAGGUUAAUGACUAUAUCAAUAAUCUAUUGUAAUUGUACCGUGACUGGUAUUGCUUUUGUAGUUGAAUAUUAAACAAUUCUUUUGGGUAGUGAUUUGAAUUAUGUUGGCAUUCCAUAGACCAGCCGCUUUAUAAUCUCUCAUCCUGCCUAAAUGAACCUGCUGUCUGACUUGUUGGCGAUCCUCCUUGCGUAAAGUUUUUAACCGCUUGACAUGGGGGCUCACAAACUUUUCAGCUGUGACUUCUGAUGUACCAGGCAACGAAAAUCACCUCAGGGUAUCCUGUCAUUGAGUUGGCCUAUAACGUGUCAUCUAUGCAUGCAGUUCUUCGUAGUACUUUGUUAUCUGUUUUACCAUUGUAAUUGUUUUGGUUUUUUGACUUUCAGGGUUUCAUAAUAAUUAGAGAUGAUGAACCAACAAUAUCGAAAAUAAUGGAACUUGCUCCGAAGUUCCUUUGGGAUGCAGAAUUGCAUCAUCUAGAAGACGCGGAAAAGAAACCUGAGCCAGUUCUAUUUUGCCGGAAGAAGUUUUGGGCUAUCGUCUAAGUUUUUAGUGGCUUCUGGAUCUGUCAGAUUCUUAUGCUGUAUAACUUACACUAGAAAAAGGUUUUAGCUGCUACACCCUGUUUGACGCAAAUGUGUUGUAGAACCUGUUCUGUUGAUGAUUAGUUGAUUAAUUUUGUAAAUCUGUAGUUUAUGCUUUGUUUACUCCACUUAACAACGAAGAUAUAUAUACGAGGAAUUGAGUAUCUAACUUGCAACCUCGUUGAGGAUGAACUUCUUAUUCUUUUUUAAUUGAUAGUACUUUCUUUGUCCCAAAAUGAUUGUAUUUUUGAAUUUUUAGUUUUAGAAUUUAUUUAUACUUAUUUUAGGACAGAAAUAGUAUAGGAC